AUGGGUGAGCAAUUAUUAACGAAUCCUACUACAGGAACAUGGUCAGAAGCACUUCAAAUAGCUGAGAUAGCUAAUGACCAUGGAUUUCCAACUGAUUCCAUUAUUUGGAAGUGUGUUUCACGUAGUUUGGGAGGUCCGAGGUUGCAAGCACGACAUUCCAUGUUUGGAGGGAAAGAAGAAGUUGUUUCCGCGUUGAGGAUUCAAUCUUCUCUGUUUUCUCCUGCAGAUACUCCGAUUUCUGCCAUUUUCAACUUGUUGUUCAAGUUCAGAAUGGGUGAUAGAAGAGGAGCUGUCGAAGUUUUCAAGAGUCUCUCCAACAAAAGCGAGUUCACAAUAGUGGCAAGCAUUUGUUCGGCGUUGCUUCUCGGUUACGAAGAUAAAAUUUUGCCACAAAACGUGACAGAAUUUUUGAUAACAACCGCUGUUCCACUUUUUGCACAGCACAGAUUUAUAGAAGGCUGUAUAUUGAUGCAUUUAGCUGGCGCUAAUCUUUCUGCCGCAAGAUAUCUUCAGGACAACGGAAGAUGGGAAGAUUCUGUCGAAGUCUGCAAAUUGGAAGAGUUUUCGAAUGAGUCGAAGAGUUUGUUGAGAAGAGCCGCCCACCACUUCUUGGAUACUGGAAAUGCAAUGAACGCUUUGUUGCUGUUCAUAUCAAUAAGAGAUUUCCAUCCUGCUUUGGCAAUUUUGAUGCAGAUAAAAUACAAAGCUCUCGCGUUUCAUUUGAUGAUGUUCUUGGAUAGGGCUGAUGUAAUUAAGCCGUACGACGAAGACACUUCGAGAUACGCAACACAGUUUGCGGAUUUGGAUACUUUGAGACAGGAUAUAAUUGUCAAAUAUGACAAAAUAAUUAAGAAAUAA